AUGUUUUCUCAGAAGAAGCCGUACUCCGCCGUUACGGUGAGCAUCGAGACGCUCACCAGCGAGACGUACGAGGAGGAUGACCUAAGCGGUAUCCCCGAUCUUGUUGAAGUCAUCAAGCUCCAAGCCUCGGGUCCUGUGGAGGCUGCCCGCGCAAUCCGCAAGAAGCUCAAAUAUGGCAACGUCCACCGGCAGCUAAGAGCCCUGACCAUUUUGGAUGGCCUCAUCCAAAAUGCCGGCCCCCGUUUCCAACGCGCCUUCGCCGAUGAGCCUCUCCUUGAACGUCUGCGAGUCUGUGGAACGUCCGACUUGUCCGACCCUGACGUCAAGAAGAAGUGUACGGUGCUGUUCCGGAGCUGGUCUCAGUACAAGAGCACGCCCGGCUUGGAGCGUAUUGCGAGGCUGCAUCAGGAACUGCCUAAACGCAAGGUUGCCGCUACGCAGGAAAGAUCCAAAGCCGUCCGAGAGACCGAGAACCCCUUCGACGAGGAAACAGACGACAAGCCUCCCUCGCCUACCGGACGUGCUGGCGAGUCCUCGCGGCCUCAGCAGACGCCCUACGGCGGUACAGCUGGCACCGUUGCCUCUUUCAGCCAUGCUAAGUCCUCGUCUGGCUCAGGAGGCUCCUUCUUCGGAUCGUCCAAGGACAAGAAGAAGAAGGACAAGGAUAAGAAGGGAAAGCGCAAGCCCUUCAACUUGGAGCUAGAGAAGGAGCAGAUGAAGAGCGCCAUUGCUGAGAGUUACAUCGCCACUGUUGACCUGAACAAUACUCUCCAGAGUAUCAACAGAGAGUUGGAGCGAAUUUCGGAAAACCCUCAGGCCGUGCAGCAGUUUGAGGGCUGCAAGCAACUGAGACGAAAGAUCCUCCGCUACAUCCACCAUGUCGAGUCCGAGGAAUGGCUUGGCAGCCUUCUCAGGGCCAACGACGAGCUCGUCACGGCACUCAUGACGUUUGAGCAGCUCGACCGAUCCAUCGAUGCCGACAGUGACUCUGAUGACGAGCUGGCCGAACAGGCUCACAUUUACCGAAUGGUCACCGAAAAGGCCAAGCAAAACAUGUCUCCACCUCCUCCGGACGUCUCUGGCCUGAGCAUCGGCAGCACGCCCACACCUCGUCCGCCUCCCCCGCCGCGCCCGGUCCCGGCAGCGAAGCCUCCGCCCCCAGUGCCGGCCCCUGCUCCCCCGAAACCCCCUAGACCCCCCGUUCAGCCUGUUCAGCAAGACUCCGAGGAAGAGGAUGAUGACGAUCCAUUCGCGGACAGGAACGCUCUCGAGACACCCGCAACGGAACGAGCAGAGCCAAGAUGGUAA